UGACUGGGCCAGACGCUAUGGACUCCCCACGGGCAUGAAUUCCUCCUGGGACCCCCGCGCGUGGAAUGCCCUGGAUGUUUAUCUUAGAAGGCAUUUCGAACGGACUGGGAACGUCCAUCGCCAGCUACCCACUUGGGAGCUGCUUUUCACGGUUUUGAGAGGCGACCACGUUCAUUUGGGGACCGUCUCUGGGGCCUCCGGCAGGGACGUGGUGGGACGCCUCCCCCCGCAGGGAGGGCAACCAGCCCCCCCUGCCACAGCCGGCGGCAGAAGGGACUCUUCAAGGACAGUCCCCGCCGCUGGCUUGCCCCCCUGUGCGGAGCGGGAAGAGGAGGCUUUGCCCAAGGCGCCGGCGGAGAGGUUUAUUUCUGACUCCCUGGAGCAUGCGCAGGAGCCGCCUCUUCUGCCCCUCCCGGGACUGAGGGACCUGCCCGCCUCUCCGGCGGUGGCGGUGCCGCCUCUGGCACCGCCCCUCGCUGCCUCCCAGCCUGAGGACGCCCCACCGGCCCCGCCCGCGACCGCCCCUCCAGCGCAGCCCGUGAUGGCUCCGACAGCGGCGGCCCCGCCCCCGCCUGCUGCCGCGGCGGGAAAUGUUGAAGCUGCGACAGCGGAGCCGCCACCGCCGCCUCCAAUUCAAGGAAACGCUGAGGACGGCGACCAGGCGGCGGAACCACCCCGCCCGCCGCCCGUGGCCCCGCCUUCGGCGGCAGCUGCCGCGGCGCCCGUGAUCAGUCCGCCACCCCCUCCCGCAGCGGCAGAGCCCGCGCCCGGAACCGAGAGAGACCGCGGCGGCUCUUCUUUGCGCGCCCCCGCCGCCUCCAGCAGCGACUGUCGCGGCGCCUGCGUCCAGCCUGGACCCCACCCCGAAUUCUUCGGGCGGUCCCGAGGCUGCCUCUGCGGGAGAAGCUGGGACAGGGGAAGGGGACGCCAGCCAGUCCCCCACAGGGGAGCCGUGGCUCGACAGCUGUUUGCAGGUCUGUUUCAGAACCAGGAAGGACCACCAGGGAUGUUAAAGAGCAGCAUCUCCAGGGAAUGGAUCUUCUCCUGAAACUCAGCUGUUUGGACUUGAAACAAUGAACAUUCUUUGCAUGUUGGUUUGGUUUUCUGUUAUUGUAAACCUUGUGUUAGUGAUAUAAUAGAAGUAGAUAUUCUACAGGUAAA